UUGAGAAACUGCGAUGACGCGCUGUUCGGUGUGGUUAGUGAAAGCAUCGCCCCUGAAUCUUCUUACACUCACAGCAGAGAUGCAUGAGAAAAUAUAACUUAUUUCACCUGUUUUUUUUAUCUAAUUUUGCCAUUUUCAGAGUCAGCCAGUCACGGUUCCUUCUCAUGGAGUUUGUUCUGGGCGUCGGUUUGUGUUUCAUAUGAUGUCCGCACACGGAUUAUUGAACAGCGUGUUUUCAUGCUCUUCAACGGGCUCUAAAUCUAUCACAAAGAGCAGAGUGCGUCAGACUCGGAGCUUGGAUUCUGCAUUGGUGAGCAACUGCGGUGCGCCUGGAGAACCCAGCGGCCAGCGGCCCGCGUUUUGGAGUUGCACCUCGACAGGUGGAUUUAUGAACAACCAAACAUCUUCUGAACUUCUCGCUGCUGCUUCCAGACUGGAUCCGGAUCUCUCUUCGUCGAGUUUAUGGUCUUCUUCAGACGCGUCGUCGCUCUCCGGUGUUCACUGUGAUUACAUAAGUAGCAAACGGAGCGCGUCUCGGGAUUUAUCGCUCACCGGUUCCAGCAACAUCUUCUCACCGAGGAAGUGGCUUCAAAGAAAGGCGCCGCAGUCGGGCAACCUCUCCCUGAACAUCUGUAAAUCGGAGGGAGAUUUGACCUGGAAGAGUUCCUAUGGACACGAUCUUCAUCUGCAGUCAGUUCACAUUCAGAGUCUGUCUGAGCUGGAGAGAGUCCGACUGCAGGAAGUUGCUCUGGUCAAACUGCUAAAAGACUUUGAUUUAGGAUGCCAGAUUACCAUCCCUAAAGAUUGCCAGAAGCAUAAAAAGUCUCUCAGGAGGAAGCUGGAUUCUUUAUCAAAAGAAAAGAAAGACAAAGGGUGCGAUCCUCAGGCGUUUGGCGUGCCGCUCUCACAGGUGAUUUUUAAUGACCGCCGACAUAAGCAGCUCCAAGACGGGCGGGAACAGAACGUGCAGCAGAACCUUGCAGACCGGGCGCCCUCACUCCUGCACCUGACCGGACGGAGAGCCAAUCAAAAGGAGCUUUCUAGCAGUAACUCCUCCCUCAGCUCCGCCUCUGAGACGGCCAAUGCGACCAGCUCCCCUGGCACACCAGAGACAGCCCUGCGCUCACAGAGACGGGGUGGCGUGUCUGUGGACUGCAUCACUGAUCUGGAUGAUGCUCACUCUCGUCUGCUGGAGGCUCUUCAGCUGUCGCUGCCUGCACAAUCACACGGAGAGAAGAACACGAGAGACACGAAACUCAGCCUCAAUCCCAUCUAUAGACAAGUGCCACGAGUGAUUGACAGCUGCUGCCAACAUCUGGAGAAAUAUGGGCUGCAGACGGUGGGGAUUUUCCGAGUCGGAAGCUCUAAGAGGAGAGUUCGGCAGUUGCGUAAGGAGUUUGAUCGGGGUUCAGAUGUGGUUCUGGAUCAUCAGCACAGUGUUCAUGAUGUGGCGGCUCUGCUCAAAGAGUUCCUCAGAGACAUGCCUGAUCCACUGCUGACCCGGGAACUCUACACGGCCUUUAUCAACUGUGCAUCUCUAAACUGCGCAGAUCAACACACAGUGAUGCAGCAGCUCAUCUGUCUGCUGCCCGCCUGCAAUUGCGACACGCUUCAGUGCUUACUUAACUUCCUGUCUAAAGUGGCCAAUCACGCAGAGGACUCGCUGGACACUGAUGGACGGGAGGUCAUUGGUAACAAGAUGACAUCACUGAAUCUGGCCACCAUCUUCGGGCCGAACCUCCUUCACAAGCAGAAGAGUUCAGAGAAAGAGUUCAGUGUUCAGAGUUCAGCUCGUGUCGAGGACAGCGCCGCCAUAAUCACGGUCGUCCAGCACAUGAUCGACUCGCAUGAAACACUGUUCAUGAUUUCUGCUGAACUCCAGAAUGAAGUUCUGUUGAGUUUGAUGGACACAGACAGUGAUGUGGUGAAUUACCUGCUGAGGAGGAAAACAACACAGAGUGAUGAUUCGACGUCGUCCAGCGGAGAGAUCUCGCCGUAUGAAAACAACUCUCCCGUCCUCUCGGAGUGGCUGCACCCGUCAAGACGAGCCGAUGAAAAUCUCACAAUGAAUCUAGACGCUGUCACACGCAACAGCACAGUGAAGUCCCGCCUCUCACCCUCACAGGAACACACUGGUGAAGUGUUUUAUGAGAAUGUCCGUGUUUGGGAAACACAACACGCUGCUCCGAUGUCCAGAUUUCAGGACAGACGACUCGCAGGUUCAGAUGGGCGACUGCAUAAUAGUGUCUCCUGCGAGGCAUUCGCUAGUAACUACAGCAACACAAAAAAGCCUGUGUGUGAGACUCAAACGUCCAGAGUCGCUGCUGAAUGUAAAGGAGAUCUGAGCGUCCGCUACUGUAGUCAAACAACACCUGAUCCAAUCACAUCCAGCCAACGGACAAGACUGAGCCAAUCAGAGGAGCCGGUGACGCCUCCUAAAAGCCCCUCACUGUCAGCCAAACAACAUGACGAACUAAGUGCGGCUUUUGGACAACCGGUGGGUUCAGCGCAGUCUUACCGUGUCACUUCCUGUCAGGGGGCGGGGUCACACAUCGCCAUGCCAGCAAAGACCUUCACCGAUGAACACCCAAAAUGGCCAAUGGACAAAUGGCAGAUAUGGCAGCUGUUGUCAUCAGAGAACACAGAUACAUUACCAGAGACAGUAGUGUAAAAAUUCAAGAAUUAUAGUUUAUAUAUAGAUAUAUAUAGAUAAAUCUUUGCCCCACUCACUUCAAUAUUAAGUGCCUUAUUGUAACCUCGAUUUUUGCUUUUUAAAGAAAAGGAGGGACGAGUCGAAAUGAAUUGUUGCAGUUAUCAACAUUAUGCCACAAAUGCUGUCGAUUGAACUCCACUUGUAUUGAACCCAGAAUAUUCCUUUAAAGAAUGCCCUGAAUUCUGCGUUGCACAGGGUUCACACAGUCAUGGAAACCCUAGAAAUAUCAGGGAAUUUUAUAAACAUUUUUUUCUUGUUAUGCUCAGCUCGAAAUGUUUUAUCUGCUAGAAGAAGCUCUUUGUGAGUGUAGUAUCUAAAAUAUAUUUUAUAAGUCCAUGGGAAUUCAAUCAUCAAUCAAAAAGUGAAAAAAAAAAUAAUUCACAAGCACAUGAAGAAGAAUUAUUAAUAUUACACAUGUGUGGAUGCCCUGAACCGCACUGUGAAAACAAAAAUCACUUUGGUGAAAAAUGUUUUUAGGUGUCUUGGUGCUCUCCUACCAUUUUUGAUUUUUUCUCUAAAAAUUAUUUUCUCAAUUUAAUUUUAUCUAAAAAAAUUCGCUCAAAAAAAUUAUAAUCAAAAUAAUAUUUCUUAAAAAAACUAUUUUUUCUCUCUCUCAAAAAAAAUAAAUAAUAAUAUAUAUAGAGAUUUUUUUUUUUUUUUUUUUUUGCUAGCUAACAAUUAUAUCAAAACGAGAAAAACAUCUGUCUAGCACAUAGGCCAACACAUUUAAAAAGCACAUUAUCAAUAGCAGCAUUUGAAUUCCUGGUGGUGAAUGUCAUUAAAUAACUAUAAAUAACUCCCGUUGUUACACUUUCCAAUGAACGCUGGUGAAAUAUAUGUAACCUGGUGUAUAUUCAUUUAACUGUGGGGUUUAAUUUAUUAUUAGACUCUCAAACAUUAUAUAUGUUUCUUUCCUUGAUUAAUAUUCGCAAAACAUUCUUGUUAGAGUAUUAUACAACCAUAAAUCAACAGAUGUCAUCGGUCACCUUGUAAGAUUUUUAUUCUUACUGAUAGUGACACCUGGUGGCCGAGGUUGAUACCGCAUGCUAAUUGCUUAGCUAGCAAGCAAUAUAUAUAUAUAUAUAUAAUUUUCACAUGUUUCCUCAAGGAGAAAAAAAAAAUUGACAGAAUUUUUUUUUUGACAGAAAUUAUUUUAUAUUUUUUACAAAAGAUUUCUGAAAAAAAAAAAAAAAAAUGUAUAUUUGUAGGACAUAACCUCAGGAAGGCACGAAGACACCUUCACAAUUUUUACUUAAUCAUUUACCCCCAACAGAUCGGUUCAGGGCAACAUGUCAUUUCGAUUUGAUGACAUCUUUUCUUUUACAAAAAUGAAGCUCAAACAAUUCUCACAAUUGUUCCUCACUCUUUUUCUUUCGUGCACACUGUAUUGAAAGUAUCUUCCAUCAUGUAUGUAUGUAUGUAUAAAGCUUUACUUUAGUCCUGCAGCAUAUUCAAUCUUGUGUAAUCCACAUCAGCAAUAAAUCUGACUGACACUUUUGCCUUCAUUUCAAAACCUUUCUUUUUUUAUUUUGCGCCAUAUUAUUUUGAAUGUGUCAUAAUCUUGAAUUGUUUGUUGCAUAAACACCUCGUAUUUCUCUGUAUUAUGUUUUUGCCUUGUCACAAAAAUAUCUGAAAUGUGUGAAUAAAAAAAGAAUAUUGUUGAAGUCUGU